GUCGUGCCGUACAAGUAGCAGGUAUCUUCUGACAAGACUCUACAGUCAACCGUCAGACUGAUAUUCUUAUAAGAUUGCUCUUCAUAUCAAUCUUCCAUUGUAAUUGUUACUUGCGACUGUUGUCAUUACAUUACAUUUUGCGUUGGGCACACACACCACGGCGAACAAUCAUGGCGGACGUGGUACAAAAUAUCACUUAUGCCUCACCCGUGGCAGAUGCAAAACUUGCGCAGAUUAUUGGGCAUCCCCAGCUCAAUAGUUAUCUAGCCAAGCUGGCAGAGGUCAGCGCAUGGCAGAUUGUGCUCACGAUUCUUUGCCUGAUGGUAGCGUAUGAUCAAUGCAGUUAUAUCUGGCAAAAAGGUUCAAUCAUCGGGCCAGCAUGGAAAGCCCCCUUUAUCGGUCCAUUUUUACAAUCUGUCAAUCCUAAAUUUCACGAAUAUCAAGCAAAAUGGGCAAGCGGCGACCUCAGUUGCGUUUCUGUUUUCCACAAAUUCGUUGUCAUUGCUUCUACUCGUGAUAUGGCGAGAAAAGUUUUCAAUUCCCCAGCAUACGUCAAACCAUGUGUAGUCGAUUCAGCACACAAAUUAUUGGGCGAGACCAACUGGGUUUUCCUUGACGGAAAGGCCCAUGUUGAUUACCGAAAGGGUCUCAAUGGAUUGUUCACUCGCAAAGCUCUCGACUGCUAUCUCCCAGGACAAGAUGACGUCUACAAUCAAUACAAUGAAAGAUUCGCCAAGGUUACCGAGGAAGCUGGAGGAAAGCCUGUACCAUUCAUGUCCGAAUUCCGAGAAUUGUUGUGCGCCGUUUCCUGCCGUACAUUCGUUGGUUUCUAUAUCUCAGACGAAGCUAUCAAGAAGAUUGCGGACGAUUACUACAACAUCACUGCUGCCUUGGAAUUGGUCAAUUUCCCAAUCAUUCUCCCAUUCACCAAGUCUUGGUAUGGAAAGAUUGCUGCUGAUAUGGUUCUCGAGGAAUUUUCCAAAUGUGCCGCAAAGAGUAAGGUUCGCAUGGCUGCCGGUGGUGAAGUUUCUUGUAUUAUGGAUGGAUGGAUCAAGUCUCAACUCGAGUCUGUUGCUUGGAUCGAGGCAGAAGCAAAGGGUUCAACGGAAGGAAUGACAAAGCCAACACCGUUACUCCGUGAGUUCACCGACUUCGAAAUCGCUCAAACCGUCUUCACCUUUUUGUUCGCUUCCCAAGAUGCUACUAGCAGUGCCGCCACCUGGUUAUUCCAAGUUAUGGCUCAACGUCCUGAGGUUUUAGAUAAGGUCCGUGAGGAGAACUUACGCGUUCGUGGUGGUGAUAAACGAGUUAGACCAAACAUGGAUAUGAUGGAAAGCAUGAAAUAUACUCGUGCCGUGGUUAGAGAAUUGUUGAGAUGGCGCCCUCCUGUUCUCAUGGUCCCAUACGUUGCGAAGAAAGCAUUCCCAAUCACCCCAGAUUAUACUGUUCCCAAAGGAGCCAUGAUUGUGCCAACAACAUACCCAGCUUUACGCGAUCCUGAUGUAUAUGACCGUCCUGAUGAAUUUGAUCCCGAACGUUAUUUCUCUGGCGACGCAGAAGUAAAGGGUGCUAAGAACUAUUUGGUCUUUGGAACUGGUGCUCAUUAUUGUCUGGGACAAGAAUAUGCCCAAAUGAACCUUGCUCUUAUGAUUGGAAAGGCAUCGAUGGAACUUGAUUGGGUCCAUCAUCCUACUCCAAAAUCAGAAGAGAUUAAGGUCUUUGCUACAAUUUUCCCUAUGGAUGACUGUCCAUUGACCUUUACAAAGAGAUCUUAAUUAUCUUGAUAUCUCUAUUCGAAAUUUCGAAAUUUUUCAUCAAUCUUCACACUACCUUCUCACCAUUUUUUUUAUUAUCGGAACGCCAAUCUCCGCACACUAGGGGCAAAGUUGCGGCAGUAAGGUUAUGAUCAUUUUAAUGCAUUAGACUGGGCGUUCAAACAUUUCUGUCCAUUAAAUAUUAGGGGAAGGAUAGGCGUUAUUCAUGAAAGUAGUAAUGAAGAUAGGGAUGGAAGAGUUGGUUUGUGUAAUUUCUUCAACCUUUGACGAAGAAAGCACGUGAAACUCACCAAGGAUACUUAAUCAAUUGUAAUUAGUCAUUAUCUUUUGUUUUCAAAAGAGAUGAGAAGGGAAGCAUGAGAAAUGAGAAUGAAGAUCCA